AUGCGAUACAUCUACAAUCUGGCACACAAUUUCCGUUGUCAUAGACGGUGUGAUGGACGAUGUCCAGCUACCACAGCGACGGUAGGCCAUGUCAUGUACAUGUACCAUGGGAAAGGGUCGGCGCUAGUCCCAAGACAGCUAUCCUUCACCAGAGGAAUGCUUGGGUUUGGCAAUGUCCAUUCCUCAAGUGCCCUUCUUCGCCUUCGUCGAGAAGCACUGCUCUUAAUCUCUUCGAAAAGUCGCACAACCCUCCCCGUACUAAACUAG